AAUGGAUGCGUUAAGCUCCUUCUUUAGUUGUUGCAACAAGCGUGAAGAGGUUGACUUUACCAAAAAUUGUCAAAAUGUGGAAGAAAUAAAAGUCUGCAAAUACCCCUUCAUGAAAGAAUUUGACGAGUUGGACAAAGCUUUAGCCUUGGUGAAAAUGGAAGAUAAGAGCGUACUGAAGUGCCUCUUAAAGGAGAUCGAUGAUGAAUCGAAUAAAGGUUAUAUUGACGAACAAAAGAUGGAAAGGAUCAUCCAAGAGGUUACUAUUGACACUUGUACUGGAAAGAUUUCCAAAACCUCUGACAAUCUUGUCAGGUUUAUUGAGCUAGCAUACUUUGAGUGUUACGACCUCAACACCAGCCUCUUGGACAGCGUUAAAGUGAAAUGUCUGAUCAUUCUUUGAUGACAAGAUGAAGAUGAUAAAUAAAAUUAAAGCUUUGAUUGACUUGAUCCGGAAAGAGAAAACGAUAAAUGAAUGUAGCAGAAUCAACAAUAAACCGAGCUUUGUCUUUCAUUCACAAGACAAAGAUACCCUUGCAAUACUAGGGACUAUUUAUUCUGCUGCUGUCAUACCCUUCAUUGAUUAUUCCGAAGAUGCUUUAAAGGAGAACAAGGAUUUUGAAAAAUUCAGAGAUUAUUCAAUUACAAAUGAGUACAUAUUUUUAGAAUUUGCGAGAGAUAUGGCUAAAAACAAGAUAUUUGUACCUAAGAAGAGAAGAGUCUCUAAAGUAAAGAAGGAGUAUAACACCAAAGAGUUUAGUCGCUUACUCAGAGACUGAUGUUCAUUAGUCUUUGACACUAGAGUGAUCAGGAACAAAUUCUACGAGUUUUGAAUGAGCCAUGAAGAAUUAUCAAUGUUGGAAAAAUCCUCUAAAGCUUCUCUUAAUGAAGACAAGACGCCUGGGAACUACUCUUAUGAUUACGGUCAUAAUAGAAACAUUUCCAAACUUAGGAAAGGAAGUGACAAGAGUCAAUCUUCGUUCAGCGGCAUUAUAGAAGAGAAUGAGCCUAGUUCAAGGAACAAUAAUUCCAAAGUGAAGAGAGAUCCUUACGGAGAGGACAGCAGUGAGGAGGCUAACAAGAAAAGAAAUAAGGGGACAAUCAAACUUCGUCCUGAAAAUUCCUUAGAAGGAGCUAUGAAGGAAUAUUAUAGCGAUAAGAAGAAUCCUCACGAAGGUAAUAUGAGCGAGCACGGGGACAGCAAGGCCUAUAACUUAGAAUUAAGAGAUGAUAGGUCAGAUAGUGUUGAAAGCUCUGUUUCUGAGUUAAAUACUAAAGGCAAAUCCAAUAUUUUCCAAGAAGUAUACAAAGCUAAUUUAAUCAAAGUUCUUCGGACAUACCUUGAGGUCCUUGUAGAGGAUGGAGUGUACUACUGCGAUCCUGAGUCGUGACAGAUCGCUACUAUAAACAAUAAUGCUGAGGAAAAUGAUUGUAAUACAAGCAGGAAUAGUAAAAGUUCAAAUUUCUGCUAUUCCUUCCGCUACAGUGCAAAUCAGAGUUCAAAAGAUUACUGUCCAGUGAUGGAUGAUGCUGAGAGCUAUCUCAAACGUAAAAUAAAGGAGCAAGUGUCAAUGAAGGAUUUCUCAGACUUUUAUCAUGGGACAUCUAUCACUACUGGGAUUAUAAACUGAUACCUUAGAGUCCUCGAGGUCUACCAUGAAUAUAUAAGAUAUAUCUUCGAAGCUAAGCACCCUGAAAACAAUUUCGAUAGAAUCAAAUUCUUCGAAACAGAUCUAAUUGAAGUGUUUCAGAAUGAGGAAAAUACAGGGAUUAUUUCUAAUGAACUAGACGAAGAAUUCCAGGAUUUCUACAAAAAUGACUUCUUGGUUAUCCCCAUUGCUGAAUAUGAUACCUUUAUGAUCCUGAUCAUCUCACUACAAAAGGAAACACCUGAGAUUAAUCUGUAUUACCUAGAUAUCGUUGAUGAAGAGAAAUUUGAAGAAAAAAUAGAUGAAUUAGGCGAGAUUAUACUUAGUCUACUCAAGAGAGCUUAUACUACAGUGUCCAUGGAUUUUGAUCAUGCUAAGUUGGAAGGAAAGAGUUUACCAGUCCCCCACUUGUCUACUUUGAUUCAAGAAGUAGAAAGAAUUAUUUUCCAGUAUCCAAAUGAAGAAAUCCAACACUCAGAAUUUGAAACAAGGCAUAAAAUCAUUGACAUUUUAUCAGCAAUAAAAGCAUUAUAAGGUUCAA